GAUCAGUCUCUCCCAAAUCCCCAAAAAAAACAAAGCAUGCAUUUCGUAAUAAACAACUCAUCAUAAAACGACACAUAACUCGAAAACCUCUCCUCCCGACAAUUUUUAUCAAUUCAGCUCUCCUUUUUCACUUAGAAAAUCCCAAAAACAUAAUAAACUACUACAUGAAGUGAAUAAAUCACCACUAUAUAUAUAUAUAUGGAUUAAUAUACAUAUACAGUCCCUAAAACGUAAACAGCUGAGGAGGAUUUUAUCUGAAAAAUGUCUUACUCUGUGAAAGGUCGAACCUUACGGGGCAACAACAACAACGGAGGAGGAGGAGGAGGGACGGGAACGAAGUGCGGGAGGUGGAAUCCGACCGUGGAGCAGUUGAAGAUUCUGACGGAUCUGUUCCGAGCCGGUCUUAGAACCCCGACCACUGAUCAGAUUCAGAAGAUCUCUACGGAGCUCAGUUUCUACGGCAAGAUCGAGAGCAAGAACGUUUUCUAUUGGUUCCAGAACCAUAAGGCUAGGGAGAGGCAGAAACGUCGUAAAAUCUCCAUUGACUUUGAUCAUCACCACCAUCAUCAUCAUCACCAACAAUUAUCAACUAGAGAUGUUUUUGAGAUAAACGAAGAAGAGUGUCAAGAGGAAGAGAAGGUGAUAGAGACAUUACAACUCUUUCCAGUGAAUCCAUUUGAAGACUCCAACUCCAAAGUCGAGAAAAUGAGAGCUAGAGGCAAUAAUAACAACAACCAGUACCGUGAAUACAUUCGAGAGACGAGCACGACGUCGUUCUCUCCAUAUUAUUCAUCAUGUGGAGCUGAGAUGGAACACCCUCCGCCGUUAGAUCUUCGAUUAAGCUUUCUUUAAAACUGUUAACCCAUAUCUUUAACCUUUUUAAAAGAUCUUGUUGUAUUUUUAAUAUAUUACUACUAUCCAAAUCCAAUGUAUGAGCUAUGAUGUAGAACAAGUUGGGUCGUUGAAAUAUUUUCCUUUUCUUGUGGAUUUAAUAAUCUGAGCUAUGGAUAGUACUGUAUUAGCUUAAUCC